AUGAUCACUUAAAGUAUUCAACUCUAAAAAAACAGACCCAAAGAAUUAGAUAUUUCUUCACUUUAUAGUGAAGAAAAUAAAUCUUCACAUAUUAUCAAUCAUGUAAUUCACUAUUAUACUCAGUUAGAAAAUACAUCUAAGAUUAUUUCACCACUAUAUUCUAUGUCGAAUUCAUUACUUAAGGAACCUACUAAAUAUGAAUGUAGAAAUCAAGAAUAAAUGAAAGGAAUGACUGUGUCAAAAUACUUAUUAAUUAAUCCUUAUAAGUUAGAUAUGAAUAUCAAUGGGUUUGAAUUAAAAUUAUAAUCAGAAAUGUUUAAACCUGUUAUUAACACAAAUAUUAUAUAAUCUAUUUAAACUAUUUCAGAAGAAGAUCAUUAAAUUAUAAAUUUAGAUUAAAUAAAUAUAUAACUAAUUGAAAUUGAACAAAACCUCUUAUAAACGAAUUUUCAUUCAGUAUUAGCAACUUUAACUAUUAUAUUUGAAAAAUUAUAAGAGUAUAUAAAUUAUAAUAUUGAAAACGAAUUACCUUAUCAAAAACAUAUUGUUUAUUUACUAAGAAUCUCUGUAUUAUUAUCCAAAAUCUAUAAGUAUAUGGGAGAUUAUAAGAGUUCUAUAUAGUGGUUAAAGAGAAUUAGAGAAAAUUAUAGAAUAUUUGAUCCUAGUUUAGCAGGUAAAUUAAUGCUUGAAUUAUCAAAAUUAUAUUUCCUUAACUUUUAAAUAAGAGAAUCAUAAGUUAUAUUGCAUGAAGCAUUAUUACACUUUGAGAAAAUCUAAUGGAAAGCUGAAAUUGCAAAAACUUUACUUUUAUAAGCUAGAAUGUGUGCUUGGAUGAGUAUUAAUAAUUUCAGUAUUACUAGACAAUUUUGAUUUGGCAACAAAGUUAGUUUAUGGAGCAAUCUCAUUAUUAAAAGAAACAUACAUAAAUGAUGAAACUAAAUUAGAUUAGGCAUAUUUUAUUUUAGCAGAAUGUCAUUAUAUAUCUAAAUAAUAUGAUAAAGCAAAGGAGUUUUUACUUAAAGUUAUAUAAUUAAAUUUAUAAACUGGAAAAUAAGAGGAUCAUUUUACAUUUCUUGAAACCUAUAAUUUAUUAGGACUUAUUCAUGCUUAGAUAUAUGAUCUUAAAACUUCUUAUUUUUACUUUUGCCAAGCUUAUAAAUGCAUUAAGUAAGAAACUAUUAAAUUUAGUUGUACUAAUACUAUAUAAAAAGGACAGAUUUUAAACAAUAUUUCUCUAAUAUAAAAAUUUCUCGGAUAAUUAGAAUUAGCAGAAAGAUGUUAAAAUGUAGCAAAUGAAAUUUAUGCUUAAUUUUUAACUGAAAAUCAUCAAAUUUUCAAAAGAUUGGUACUUAAUUCUAUUAUUGAAUAUUAAUAGUGA